UUUAAUAGUUCGUUACAAAUUGAAAAACGACGUUUAAAAUCCAGAAAAUGACGAUCAACACUUUUUACACAUUUAUUUUCCUUUGUAUCUGUGCUAUAAAUGCUAUAACCAGCAAGUCCAUCGAUUCGACCAGAAAUGACUUAUGGCUGAACCACUUGGAAUGCGUAGAUGAAAUGUUGACAAUGCCGAAUGAUUCGAGUGCAAAUUGUCGAUUCGAAAUAAUAAAUAAAAUUGAUAUUCACGAUUUGCUUGAUAUGGCUCUCAUGAAUAACAAUUAUCGGAUGAUUGCUGCUGAUAUUUUCGAUAGAAAAUAUGAGAACAAGUUUGUUUUAAUUGUAAAAAAUUCAAAUUCGUAUUCUCUAACUAUCGACGGCAAUACAGUUAGUCAUAAUAUUAAAAUAAAUUCAAUUUAUCUUCUACUUGAAUACUUCGGAGAACUUAUUUCAGAGUUAUACAUCAACUUCUCAAACGUCAUGCCAGACAAGAAUUUAGAAAAAUGUAUUGAAUUGGCCAGUCGAUACUGUGAAAAAUUACGUGGAUUCAGUGUAAAUGGUGGCCGAAAUAUGUUGAGGCAAGUGAAGAACCCAUUCUAUAACGUAACCGAAGUUACGUUUCAUAUGUCUGAAUUCGAGACCCACACAUUAAGUUUGGCGAAAAUCUUUCCGAACGUGCAAUUAUUACAAUUACUUGCGGUUAAUAUAAAAAAUGAUGAUAUUUUUGGUCAUUCCCUUGCAAAGUUGGAACAUUUGAUAAUUUCGUUUGGUAUUUUUCCCGGCGAUAGUAAACAUAAGAAAUUAAUAGCGAAAAACCAUCAAAUUCGAGUGUUGAACAUUGCUUAUGGUAGUGCUACGUUAGUUGAGUUUGUAAGUGAACAUUUACCAAGUCUUGAAACAUUCAUUUUGCCCGAUGACACAACAGUCGAUUACACGGAUGAGAUUCAUUUUAAGAAUGUUAAAAGUUUCGAAAUUAACUUCGUCUCGGGAGGCCUCAUGAACAUUACAUUUGAACGGUUGGAGGAGUUUGCUUGCGAUCCUGAUGAAUUUCCCAAUUGGAUUGAAACCAUUGAAAGACAUCCAGAUUUAAGAAAACUUAAAUUCCACAGUAGAGACGGAUUUGAAGAUGAAUAUAUUUCUUUGCUUGGAAAAAUCGCAAAAAAUUUAGUUGAAGCCAAUUUCAAUUGCGAUAACGAUGUGCAAAUAGAAACAAUUGUUAAUCUUUUGAAUGAGUGCACAUUUAUGGAGAGAUUGUAUCUGAGCGAUGUUAGCAAAGCAUUUGGAGACAAAUUAAAUGUGGAAAUUCAAGAUAAAUGGAAUUUGAACCAAAUUAAAGAUGACGCCAUUUUUAUUGAACGAAGGUAACAUGAAAAGUUUGAUGUGGAUGCAUAUCACUCAUUCGUAGACAUAAAAAAAUAUUUUUGUUUGUUUCUUCGGUUUUUUGAAAAAUAAAAAUUGUGUUUCUUCGUAGCGUUUUUAACCAA